AUGUUGGUAGGGCCAGGUAGUACCAGGCCCACCAUCCCCACCUUCCCCACGCCCGGGCGGUACCCAGCCCGUCUCCCCACCUUCCCUGCGCCCAGGUGGUUGGUUCCCAGCCUGCCUCCCCACCAUCCCCACACCUACUCAGUUAACAAGCCCAGCCGCCACCCCACCGUCCCCGCGCCCUGGCAGUUCCCGCCCACCUCCCCAUCAUCCUUCAUCCCGGGGCAGUUCCUAGUCCGCCUCCCCACUGUCCCAGAUCCCGGGCGGUUCCCAGCCCACCUCCACACCGUCACUGUGGCCAGGCGGUUCUCAGCCCACCUCCCCACUCUCCCAUGCCCGGGCGGUUCCCAGCCUGACUACCCACUGUCCCAGCGCCCAGGCAUUUCCCAGCCCAAUUCCCCACCAUCCAUGAUCCCGGGCAGUUCCCAGACUGCCUCCCCACCAUCCCUAAUCCCAGGUGGUUCCCAGCCCGCCUCCCCUUCGUCCCCGCGUCCGGGCGGUCCAUCUCGCCUCCCAACCUUCCCUGAUCCUGGACAGUUCCCAGCCCGCCUUCCCACCGUCCCCGCACCCAGGCAGUUCCCAGCCCACCUCCUUAUUUUCCUACGCCCACCCACCAUCCCUGAUCCCGGGCGGUUUCCAGCCUGCCACCCCACAGUCCCUGGCCACCUGCCCACCAUCCCUGCACCCUGUGCCCUAGCGGUUCCCAGCCCGCUCCUCACCGGCCUCGAUCCCGGUGGUUCCCAACCCGCCUCCCCACCUUCCCCAUGCCCCGGCGGUCCCAGCCGUCUCCCCACCUUCCCCACGCCUGGGUGGUACCCAGCCCGUCUCCCCACCUUCCCUGCCACCGUCCCCACACCCCGGCGGUUCCCAGACCGCCUUCCCACCGUCCCCGAUCCCGGGAAAAUCCCGGAUUUGGCAGAGCUUACCAGGAGAAAUUUUAAAAAGGGCAGGGACCCAGUGGCUCGCUCUCAGAAGCACCUCAGAACUAGGAGAGCUCAGAAGCUCCCUUUACCUCGCCCUGCAGACACCACUUCACCCCAUUCUACUCCCCCUGCCUCCUCUGGGGAAAUCCAAAGUACUUUUAUACUUCCAUAG